AAAUCCUCCCCACGCGGCCACGCCCGCCUAACCCGACUUCAACUCUUCAAGUACCAGCCAUCCACAACUCCCCCCACCAACCAAACCGAUCCAGCACGACCAAGAAACCUAGAACCAUGGCGACCCCGUUCUGCGCCGCAGCCGCCGCGUGCCGUCUCUCCCUCGUUCCGCCCACCCCGCCGGCACCUGGCCGCGCGAGGGCCCGGCGCGGCCUGGUGGCGGUGCGCGCGGAGGCGGGGGCAGGCGGCGGGAUCAACCCGGACAUCCGGAAGGAGGAGGGCAAGGUGGUCGACACCGUCCUCACCGGCGAGCUCGCCAAGCCGCUCACCGCCUACUGCCGGUGCUGGAGAUCAGGCACAUUCCCGCUGUGUGACGGAACCCAUGUGAAGCACAACAAAGCUACUGGUGAUAAUGUGGGGCCCCUGCUUGUUAAGAAGUAGAUCGAGUUUCUUUUGUCUGAGCUUUUUGUUGAGUUGAACAUUAUCUGUAUGGCAUAACUUACGACUUUUUGUCGAAUGUUAUAACUACAAUAAUCUUAUUGGUCCUUCAGCCAGAAGGAAACGAGAA